CGUCGAUCCUGCGCGGAACGCGGCGGCCGCCCCCGGGAGGUGCGCGGAGGGACGGCGCCUGCUCCUGAGUCAGCAGCGGGAGGAGGCGGGAGGCACCUCGCCGCCCGGCCCGGCCCCGCCGAGCGCCCCCGGCCCCCAGCACCGCGCUGGCUCCCAGCCCCCCGCGCUGAGCAUCCGCGCAAGGAAGGGAAGGAGGAAGGGCGCCGCGGGGGCUCCGCCGGCUGCUGCCCUCCGCCGCCGGCAGUGCUCAUGGCCACAGCAGGGUACUAAAUAUUAGAGGAAACCGGCAUUAAGACCUACAAUUUCCACGCGGCUGGUUGGAAAAGCGCUUGUUGCUGCCUUCCUGGUGCAGCAUGGCAUUUGGACCUGGUGUUCUCUGCCUGCUACUGUGGGCAGUAACAGGUUCCAGGUGUGAGCAGUGCAGAGAAGGCGCCACGUAUUCAGGUGCGGUAAUAUCUCCGAACUUAGAAACCACUAAAAUUAUGCGAGUUCCUCAUGCUAUGUCAGUGUCCGACUGCGUCGCAGCAUGUUGUGAUCUCUCUGAUUGUGACUUGUCCUGGAUGUUCGAACGACACUGUUACAUCGUGAACUGCCAACACAAAGAAAAUUGUGAACCUAAAAAAAUUGAAACUGUGAAGUCCUAUCUUACUUUUGUGCUGAGGCCUUCUCAGAGGCCAGCCUCACUGCUAGGAUUUGGGCAAGUGAUCCCAAGCAUGGUCCACUCUGUAGGACUCCAGAAUGAGCCAUCCGAGGAAAUGAGUAGCCUGAAGGAGCUGUCUCUGUUUGGCAAAGAUCCCAGCCUUGAGGAGAUACCUGAGUACAUUGAUGAUUAUAAGGAGUUGGAGCAGGACCCCUUUCAGGUGAGCAUCAAACAUGAGCAAAAGGAGAGCAUGGAUUAUGCUGACUGGGCCCUCAUGGUAGCAGGUGAAAACGGUGUCAACUCUUCCGUGGGUGAUGAUGGAGAUAACCAGGAAGACUUUGCUGAAAAGAAAGGAGAGGCUGGAAAAGUGGAAGGCCUUCUGAAUAAAACCAGCUCUGAAUUGAACUCUGCUAGUGAACACUCCAUACAGCAGUUGUCAUCUCUCCCGGAGGUUACUCCGUUCCCUGAGAAGACGUUUGAAAGUGAAGCAGCUGUUCAACUUCUUUCACAACCUGAUGAUGCUUUGCAAAAAGAGGCUGCUACGCCUUCCCCUUCUUCAGACAAACUGGAUGUCUCCCCAGGUGUGGCAGAGAAAACCCAGACUCCCACAAUGGCCCCAGAGAACGUCACUGAAGGUGGGACCAUGCUACUUCCCACUAAUACUGUGCCAUCUGAGCCCAUGCAGCAAUUCACACCACCUGCUACUGCUGCUGAAGCAGUAAAAGAACUUAUUGUGUCUGCUGGAGAUAACGUACAAGUGAUACUACCCAAAAAUGAGGUUGAACUGAAUGCCUUUGUUGUCCCACCACCGCCUACAGAAACAGCCUACACCUAUGAGUGGAGCUUAAUCAGUCACCCUGCUGACUAUGGUGGUGAAAUGGAGCGCAGGCACAGCCAGGCCUUGAAGCUCUCUCAUUUAUCAGUGGGACUUUAUGCCUUCAAAGUGGCGGUUUCUGGUGAAAAUGCCUUUGGUGAAGGUUUUGUAAAUGUCACAGUCAAACCAGCAGUCAGAGUUAACCAGCUGCCAGUUGCCAUUGCUUCACCCCAAGUGCAAGAAGUUUCUUUGCCUACAACUUCUACAUUCAUUGAUGGCAGUCAAAGUAUAGAUGAUACGAAGAUAGUGAGUUACCACUGGGAAGAGAUUAAAGGUCCUUUGCGAGAGCAGAAGGCAUCUGCUGACACACCUGUCUUGCGCUUGUCUAACCUUGUUCCUGGAAACUACACUUUCAGACUCACAGUGAUUGAUUCAGAUGGAGCAGCCAACUCCACCAUUGCAUCUCUGACUGUCAGCAAACCAGUGGAUUACCCACCUAUUGCCAAUGCAGGACCUAAUCAGGCAGUCACCUUGCCCCAGAACUUCAUCACGCUGAAUGGAAACCAGAGCAGCGAUGACCAUGAAAUUGUCAGCUAUGAGUGGUCACUCAGUCCAAAAAGCAAAGGCAAGGUUGUAGCAAUGCAGGGAGUGCGAACGCCAUACCUGCAGUUAUCUGCAAUGCAGGAAGGAGAUUAUACGUUUCAGCUGACUGUCACAGACUCUGCGAGGCAGCGGUCCACAGCUGAGGUCACACUGAUCGUACAGCCUGGUAGGUCACCUGCAGAAAAUAACAGUCCUCCAAUAGCCGUGGCUGGCCCUGACAAGGAAUUGACCUUCCCAGUAGAAAGCACUAUGCUGGAUGGAAGUAAAAGCCAAGAUGACCAAGGCAUUGUCUUCUAUCACUGGGAAAAUAUCAGUGGGCCGAGCUCUGUACAGAUGGAAAAUGGUGACAAAGCAAUAGCAACUGUGACUGGUCUUCAAGUUGGUACCUACCGCUUCAGGCUGACCGUGAAAGACCGACAGGGCUUAAGCAGUGCAUCUGUGCUAUCUAUCACUGUGAGGGAAGAAAACAACAGUCCACCCCGGGCGCAUGCUGGUGGGAAGCAUGUUCUAGUGCUUCCAAAUAACUCUGUUACAUUGGAUGGCUCAAGGUCUGCUGAUGACCAGGGGAUUGUGUCCUAUUUGUGGAUUCGGGAUGGUCAAAGCCCAGCAGCUGGGGAUGUGAUCCAUGGCUCAGACCACGAGGCAGUACUGCAGCUAACUAAUCUGGUGGAAGGAACCUAUACUUUUCACUUGAAAGUGACAGAUGUUAAAGGAGACUCAGAUAUUGAUUCAGCAACUGUUGAAGUGCGGCCUGAUCCCAAAAGGAAUGGUCUGGUGGAGCUGAUUCUGCAGGUUGGAGUGGGACAGUUGAGUGAACAGCAGAAGGACACCCUGGUGAGACAACUGGCUGUAUUGCUGAAUGUUUUGGAUUCAGAUAUCAAAGUUCAGAAGAUACAAGCCUACUCAGAUAUAAGCACCUCGGUUGUGUUCUACGUGCAGAACGGGCAUCCUUCCAAAGUGAUCAAGGCAUCGGAUGUCUCGCGAACUCUACAUGUGCAGCUUUUGAAAGAGAAGGCUGACUUUCUGCUUUUUAAAGUCCUGCGGGUUGACACGGCUGCCUGUCUUUUAAAAUGCUCUGGACAUGGACACUGUGACCCCAUAACAAAGCGCUGCAUUUGCUACCAGCUGUGGAUGGAAAACUUGAUUCACCGUUAUCUAAAUGAUGGAGAGAGUAAUUGUGAGUGGAGUAUACUCUAUGUGACUGUAUCUGUUUUUAUUUUGGUUGUGGUCAUGGUAGGGCUUGCCUGGUUCUGCAUCUGCUGCUGCAAAAGCAGAAAGAGGACAAAAAUAAGAAAGAAAACAAAAUAUACCAUUCUAGAUAACAUAGAUGAGCAGGAGAGAAUGGAGCUACGGCCUAAAUAUGGUAUAAAACAUAGAAGUACAGAACACAACUCCAGUCUGAUGGUCUCUGAGUCAGAGUUUGACAGUGAUCAGGACACUAUCUUCAGUAGAGAAAAGGUUGAAAGAGAGAAUCCUAAAACCCUCAUGAAUGGAUCCAUCAGAAAUGGAGUUUCCUUCAACUACAGCUCCAAAGACAGAUAACUGAAUGAGGGUAAACGCACAGAACAUGCUGGUCCAACACAUCUGAAACAUGUUGGCCGACCUCUGUUUUCCAAAACAAAAAACAUCCUAAAAUAUCAACUAAUUGCAGAUGAAAGGGUAAAUUUCUAGCACAGUUAGGGGAAAGAAGGAGGAAGGAUUAGAUGGUCUGCUAAUUCCUUUUGUUACUGCUACAAGAACAAGGAAAAGCACAUCUUAUUUCUUGCAUGUCCCAUGCUGAAUGUUUAUCUGCACUUCAGAAGGCCUUUUUUCCUAUAACAAUGCUACAAAAGUAGCCAGGGCUGUUACGCUACUAACAGUGGUGAGAUGCAUACAGAUUCAUGUCUGUGCUCCUAGCUCGCUCUCAGAGAAGCAGUGUAAUGGUGAUGCUGACCUAAACAGCAAAAGCAAAUACAGAUUAAUUCCCUUACAACUAUGGAGAGCUGUAAGUGACCACAGGCUCCAUUUUCAUCGUAAGUUUAGGUUGGGAAGACAAAGAGAGGACAUUUUUAGUGCAUUGUAUUUAUCUCUGACUAUGCUUUGUGACUUCCUUUUCUAGGGUAGUGCUCAUCAGAUGGAAAUGUCUUUUUUUUUUUAAGGAAGUUUACAAUUAGCAGUUGCACUCAAUCAGCUGUAAUGUGAUACAUCUGUGUCCUGUAGGAUGCAGUGUUCCCUGUAUUUACCUAGAAAGUAUGGUGCCUGCAGGGAAGUCCAGUGUCAUGCUGCUUCUGUAAUGAUGAACAUCUUUUGGGUCUCUGGGCUCUGCCACAUCCAGCCAGGAAACAGUAGCAGGAAGGACUUGGUGUGGUGUACCUUCAGAAGCAUUUUGAGCAUCCCAAACAACUUUUUGCUUAAAGAGCUCUUUAAAGGAGCUCUGGACCUUUUGAAACUGAAGCCUCAGCUGAGAUGAGUUUUCAUCUGUCAGCCUCAGUGCUCAGUUAAAGAAUGUGCCAGGUGUUUGUGUAGUGGAAUGCUGGGGCCAAAUAACCUACAUGGAGCAGGAUGUUCAGUGUCUACCUUCAUUGUCUUGGGAAGUGGUACUGAGAAAGAUUUAGCUUGAAAAUAUUAGAUUGUUUUACUCUUUUUUUUCUGUGGCUAUUCAGUGACUAGAUGUGCUGGUCUGAAGAGAUCCUUUUAUGUGUUUGGGAAGGGUAGGUGUGUUCGGAGUUUUGAUGUUCUUGUUCUCAAUCUGGAUUUCUUUACAGUGUGUUUGUUAGGCUUUAAAGCCAUGCCUGUUGCAGUUUAGCCCCAGUUCCCCUCCAGCUGGCAGCUAAAACCACGUGCUGCUCGCUUGCUCCUCCCCCACCCCCUGUGCAUUGGGGAGGAGAAGCAGAAAACAAAGGUAAAACUCGGUUGGAAUAAGAACAGUUUAACAGAACAGUGAAGGAAAGUGAAGGAAAGAAAACAAACAAACAAACCCAAAGAACAUAGGUGAGGUUACACAGGAAGGUGUCCAGGUGGUUUUUUAAUGUCUCCUGAGAAGGAGACUCCACAACCUCCCUGAGCAGCCUGUUCCAGUGCUCUGUCACCCUCAUUGAGAAGUUUGUUCUCAUAUUUAAGUGGAACCUCCUGUGUUCUAGUUUGUACCCAUUGCCCCUUGUCCUACCAUAUGUGUGCUGAUGUGGGUAGGAGUGGCCCCCCCAAUCCCCACUACCAUGGUGUUUACUGCUUCUAAAGGCCAACAGGGAGACCAGUCAGUGAGAGGGAUAAUCAUCACAUCUGCUCCUGAAUCUGAAGCAUUCUUUUUCUCCUAAUGUCACUUCCAGGCCCAUAUAGGGAAACUAACCUAGAUGGUUUGUCCAAAGUCAGUUUUUCUGUGAAAGCAACCACAGGGGCUCCGGUAGAGCCAGAACCUUUCUGACCUCUUUCCGCAUCUAAAGCCUUUGGGACACAUGCUCUGAAGGGUACCAGUUGCACUAUACGGGUCCCCUGUUUAGUAGUCACAGGGGGUGUUAGGACUUGCAACAUAAUGCCUAUGGGUCCAACAUAAUCAGUCUAUUAAUCCAGGCAAAACAAACAAUCCCUGUCUUGAAGCAGAAGAGCGACCUAUUAAAAGCACACUCAAUCCAUUCCCUAGGGGCACUGUUACUGUAGAUGGAACUCCACCUGGCAUCAGUUGUGUGAUGAGUAGAGGAGACCUUCACUUUCACCUGAACAUCCAGCCCAACUCUUGGCAGUUGAGGUGCCAGGAGGAGCUGUGCUUCAGUACCAACCACUUCUGAAGCAGCUCGAACCCCUUUGUAUGCUGCCAAUAUCUCCUUUUCACUUGGAGUGUAGCGGGCCUCGGACCCUCUGCAUCCCCAACUCCAAAACCCCGGGGGUCGACCAUGAGUCUCUCCUGAUCCUUUCUGUCAGAGGCUUUAGGUAGGGCCAUUUUCCCCAGCUGCAGUGUAGAGCACAUUUUUAACGUCUUGUCCCCUCAGGACUGGCCAAAGAGCCACGGCAUGGACUAUCUCCCACUUAAUUUUUUCAAAGGCUUGCUGCUGCUCAGGGCCCCACUUAAAAUAAUUCUUCUUCUGGGUCACCUGAUAGAGAAGGCUCACAAUCUGACUGCAGCUUGGAAUGUACAUUCUCCAAAAACCCACAAUCCCCAAGACAGUCUGUGUUCCCUUUUUUAUUAGUUGGUAGAGACAUAGCUGCUAUUUUGUUAACCACAUCCAUUGGAAUUUGAUGAUCUCUGUCCUGCCAUCUUCUCCUGAAAACUGGAUAUGUACAGGUCCCUUGACCUUACUUUGUUUUAUAGCAAGACCAGCUUGCAGAAGAAUCUGGAUUAUCCUCUCACUUUUCUCAAAAACUUCCUCUGCUGUGUCGCCCCAUACAAUGAUGUUGUGAAUGUACUGCAGAUGUUCUGUAGUUUUGCCCUCUUCCAGUGCAGCCUGGAUCAGUCCAUGGCAAAUAGUGGAGCUGUGUUUCAGCCCCUGUGGCAGUCAAUUCCAGGUGUGCUGGAUGCCCCUCCAGGUGAAAGCAACGGUGGCCUGCACUCAGCUGCCAAAGGAAUAGAGAAGAACACAUUAGCAAUGUCAGUUGUGGCACACCACUUGGCUGCCUUUGAUUCCAGUUCAUAUUGGAACUCUAGCAUGUCCAGCAUGGCAGCACUUAACGUAACUUCAUUCAGGCCACAUUAGUCUACUGUUAGUCUCUGCUCUCCGUUGGGCUUCUGCACUGGCCAGGUGAGACUGUUGAAGGGUAGUGAGUCUUACUUGUAUUGGGGUCCUGUCCAGGAAGCCCCAAGCUGGAGAGAUUCUUUAAUAUUGCCUGGAGUGAGAUUAAGACACAAGCAAGGUCAGAUGCCACUUAACUUGGGAACUUCAUUGAACACUGGUAAAGAAGAUAGUGAUAGAACACAGAGAAAAAGAGUAGGAAAGUAGGAAACUUAGCAAGGAUUAGGGAUGGGUUUGAGAGAGAAAGAUUACCAGCAUGGGUCCAAGUGACUUCUCUGGUAGGUGUAGUGGUGUGUCUCAGGGGUGCGGCUUGUCUGUCACUCACGAGGUGGCUGCCUCUUGUGUCCCUGAAAGGUACACACAUGUGGCUGGUCGGUGGUGGUGGGGUCUCCAGGUUGCACAUGCGUGCUGCGUGGUCAUACAGUCUUUUAUAAGGCACUGGGUUAUAUUCUGGGAUGUGUUUUCCCCUGGCAACAGCACAUGCUGCCCAGUCCGCACCUUUGCACACACUCUUGUGGGCAAAGGGAAAGGGCCUAGCUUCUUACAGGUCUUGAGUUUAUCCUUUAAGACAUUAAGGGCCUCUAUAUGUUGUGGGGUCCACUCCCAUUCUCUGUUCUUUUGAUGCAAAUAAUAUAAGGCGGGCAAGCACCAAGAACCCCAAUUUAUGCUUUUUCCAAUAACCUAAUGUACCCAUCAACUGCUGCAACUCUGUCCUGCUGUCUGGAGUCUGCCCCUUCUCAAUAACUCCUAGGGCAUCACUGGGUAUCACAACUGUUCCAGCCAUUCACCAGGCCCCUAGGAAUUUGAUUUCUUGUCUGGGACCUUGACAUUUGGAAGGUGGGAUGUGUAACCUGUUGCAAGUCAACAGGUUCCAAAUGGUUUUAGCUACUUGCCCUGCCAGUUCUUUGUUACCUCCACCAGCUAAGAUAUCACCUGUGUAUUGAUGCAUGUGAACACCCGAUGGCAUCUCCACAGUAUGGAGGAGUUCAGCCAAGGCAUUGUGAGCAAUAGUAGAGGGGGAGUGUUUGUGCCUUUGCAGGAAUUGAUUAAAGAUGUAUUGUGUCCCUUCCCAGGUAAAGGCAAACUUGGGCUUGUUCUCAACUUUUCGGGUAAUCAUUAAAAAAUGCUUUUAAUAUCAAAGGCGGCGAUCCAGAGGUGAGCAGCUGCCUGUAUAUUCGGGUGCACCUGCCACGUAUGACAUGUGCACGAGUGGGUUCAUACUUUUGAUUCUCCAGUGCACCUAGCAACAGUUCCCAAGGCUUCUGCUGCUGCACUGAGGAGCAUUUAUCCUGUGCCGAGCCCUGCAUUUAUUGGAGAACUGAGUGUGGCUUCAACAGUCAUGGUGUUGGGAGAGGCUGUGAAGAGCUAAAAAGGGCUAAUGCAAGUGCUUUCCAUGUUUAUUCCCAUGCCAACCAGCAAGAUGUGGUGUAAAUGGUAUGAUUUACUUUCUUCAGAAGCCAGGUUUUAACUGGAUGCAUCUGAGGGUUUUAGGCUAUUUAUUGAAACAAAUGUAUUUUAUCUUACACUCUCCCUUCCUGAGUGUGUGCAUAUAUAUUUUUAGAUAACUUCGUUAAUAAAAUCAAGGUCAGCUUUUGAUGUCUUUCAGUUUUUGCUCCAGGUAUGUUAACAUAAUUCUGCAAUGUUCACUUUAAAGCAUUCCUGAUGAAAGUUAAGGCCCACUCAAAAUACCAUUAUUUUUUUUUCCUUUUAAAAUCAAAGUGUCGGGCUUAAUCUACUCGGCACAAAUUCCCAAGUUCUUCUAGCAGGAAUUAUGCUCUUGGAAAGGUGCAUUUAAAAAACAAACAAACAAAACCCAACAAACAUAAGCAACUACAGCUUUGUAUUGGCCACGCUGCCAUUAAUGUUUCUGCUAAAUACUGUAUCCAUUGUGCCUUUAUGUAUAAACCUAUCUUUUAGGACGUCAGUGCAGUCAGCAGCAUCCUUCAGUUUUAUGCACUCAAUCACUUGUGUUUUGGUUUUAUUUUACAUUUUUAAAGCUGGUGCACAAGCCUAGCAGGUUGUUCUUUCAAGGAAUUAAAAUUCAGGCAUCUUCUUUUUUGAAAAAACUAAAGACUGAUUCUCUAGUAAAACUACUGCAGGAAUCAUAAACCUGCUUUCCUCUAUGCUGUGGAAUUCCCAGGGCUAUUCUCCCUCUCACACACACACAAACACACACACACACUCACUCACUGUGGGCUCAGCUCUUUGGAUUGGUAGUAAGUUCAUGUGCCAUGAGAACGUAUGCAUGAUUUGGCUAAGGAUUUCUCACUCUAACAAAUAAGAAACAUUAGACCAAUUUCUUAUUGCAUAAGGCUUUAGCAAGCGGAAGUUGCUUAUUAAAUUCUGUUCUCUAGAUGAUGCUUUGACAUCUUUGUUGCUAGCAGUGUUUUAGUUAUGUUUUGAAAGUUGAAUAUAGUUUACAUUUUUGAGCUGCUUCUAAUUUUACUAGUUUGCUUCUUCUACCUCCUUGGAAGGAGAAGUAAUUCCUCUUACAUUAAGACCAGGCUUGCUCUUAAUGCAGGACUUGCACAGAACUUGAAAACUAUAGUUCGGAGCUCUUGUGAAUUUGUGAUAUCACGUUUGUGUCACUUGGCCAAGCAUGAUUUUGUCAGGAAUUUAGGAGAGACUAUAGCAAGCUUUUUAUCUUAAGUAUAAUUUUUAUUUUUACAACUGUUGCUUCCUUGUGGAAGGAACCUGGAAUGAAAGGGUCAAAAAACUAGCUGGUAAGAUACAAACACAAUGGCAGAAUUCUGAUACUAGCUUUCUGUUUUGGGUUAUGAUGGGUUUGAAACAGGUUCUCAGUCUUCACGUUCACCUCCACAUGCUGUUUUCCUUCAUAUAGUGGAAGAAUGCUGGCAGCUUCUUUGUGAAAUAGGAAUGGGGAUAUUUCCAAGAGUCUCAUCCGCACUGAGAAGCAGAGGAGACUAGAGGUAGCUUGUCCAGUAUGGCUCAGAGUCCACUGAAUAUAAAGAAUUCCAUUUGGCAAUGACAAGAUACUGCCUCCGUUUGAAGGCAGACAGUGUGCUGAUACUUAGAGUCUCAUAGACUUGAUGCUACUGGAUUUUCAUUUGUAUCUUGCUUUUACAUUUAUACAUGCACAAGCAGAGAUUGUCCAGCGAUGUAAAAGGACUGCUUUUGUUUGCAUUUUAAGUAAGAAAACUUUCUUAACCGUUACUGCCUGAGCCUUUAAACAGGUUCAGUACUCAGGUUCUGUCCUCAACACAGUGUAUAUGCAGCAUGAAACUGCCAUGCUGCAACAGGUCAUUGGCUUGUGUUUUUAGUUUUCUUAACAAAACUGCUGCUGCAGUACGGAGCAAAAUUUACUUUGCCCAAUUUGCUGAGAUACAUAUCCAAGUUCUCAGCUUUUUGUAUUAACUGAAUAGAUUGAUGAGAAGUUCAAGAAAAUUGUGAACUAUCUAGUUGCAGAGGAUUGUUUAUUUGGGAAAGGAAAAAAAGUUUAUUCUCAUUUCAUGUGUAAGAAUACAUUUUCAACUAUGUCCUUUUGGGUGAACAGUAUUAGCAGUCUCCCUCUAUCAGAUAUAGGUACUAUUCAAGCAUCUGUUUUGUGUUGCCAGCUGUGUUUGCUUAUAUGAUGCUAAUUUUCCUUUUCUUUCUUUGUCUCUUGUGGGCAAGCAGAAGUGUGCACACAUGCAAGGGACUUAACAGUGUGGGAACUUAACAGAGAGAGAAUGAGCGCUUGCGUAUGUUCUCUAUGCUGGAUUUAAACUUUCCUUAGAUAGUUCUGAUGUUCUUGAAAUAAUUGAGUUCUUAGACAAAUUUCCUGUGCUUGUUUUAAGCCUCAAGUGAAACUAGUUUUACCCGUCAAUAUACUUACAAUGGGCAGUAAGUAGUCAGCUGGAACUUUGGGACAGUGGUAAAUUAAAUUACAGCUGCUUUAGUCUUAUGAGCCAUUUAUGUGACGCCUGAGAGAUGUAAACUCCUCUAGACGGGAAAUGGGAUAGAGGUGUACUAGAGUUUCUUAACAUCAGCUAUUGCUUAUCAUUGAUCCCUACCUGGAGUACUAAUCCCAUAUUUCUGUAGCGAAGGAGAACCCAUUUCACAUACCUUUUAGGUCCUGAACUCCCCAAAGCAAGGGAGGGAACCUUAAAAAUAAAAUUUUAAAAAGGAAGGAGAAAAGGCAAAUAACUUGUUAUUUUGCAUAGGCUACAAAUCAAGUGCAGAUGAGCUGCACAUCCAUAGUUUGUCUCUGUAUGGAAGCACUUCUGCCUGUGGGUGGAUGGGUGAGCUAUUACAGAAUUUGUAUUAGGAUCUGUUUCUAUAAAAUGUUAUUUAUUGCAAAUCAUAUAGUAUUGUAACUGGAACCAUUUCUGAGCUGAAAUCACUACAUUUAUGUAACUACUAAUAAAGUUUUGUCUUUCCUUCUAGGAACUUGUCAGGUACUCUUUCAGAUAUGGUAUCCUGUAUCCUCCACACUCAGGUCAGGCUAAUGGAGAUAUGUUGUAUUGCCAUAGCUUAUGUCUGUACUCAAACAUAGAAGCAGUACAGUAUCUGAUCCCUUCCCUUCCUACUGACCAAAGCAAAACAGUAUCUUUUUUUCAGAGAAGUAACAUAAUUCAGUACAUCAGAGAGCAGAACAAAUAAUUACUGUAGUUCACAGCAAGAGUUUCCAUGUGGUACUUGUCCUUGGGUUUAAUUGGUUGUGUGUAAAUAUUGACCAGUGCUCAUGACAAGUGUGGGAAUUUCACAAGUUUUGUGGCUUAUUUUAUAGCAAACCCAAUGCUUGAGUGUUUGUAAGUACAAUGGUUGCUUUGCAGUAAUCAGAGAUAGUAGUGUGCAAUAUAACCCAAAAUACUGCUGUUAGCUAGGGGUAGAUUAUGCUCCCUGUUUCCAAACUGGAAAAGAAAAAUCUGUGGAACGGUGUGUGUGAAGUUUGUGCUAAAUCUUGAUAAUAAAAGGUACUAUGAGAUACAA